AAUCGUAGCGUGGGCUUGGGGCGGGCCCUAUGUGCUAUCAAGCUAGAUUGAGCUGACUGACUGGCGUCGAUAUAGAAAGGCGUUUUUUGUGGUUUGUAGGGCAAACGUCGUGGAGAUUGCCGCAAACGAGGGCGUCUCGCUCCACCGACGGGCUUUUUUAUUUGUUGCGCAGAGAAGGACUUCGGCGUCUCGGCACCGUGACGUGCCGUCCAGUAGUUCACCAUAUCCAAGAGCGAUUAGGCUUGUGUUUAUGUCUUUGUUUUGUGAAAACGAGCUGUUGCGCAGCCGUUGGUACCUGUGUCGGGGAAACCUAACCAACAAACGGGGAACUUGCAGCCUAAGUGGCGCAAACUUUUUCAUGUCAGAGACCGAGUACACUUGCAAUUGUUUAUGUCAUCCAUUCUUCUUCAGACAGAAGAUACCAAAAAAUUCCAUUCAAAGAUCUUUUCACUUUACUCAUAAAUCUAAUAGUAAACCAGAAUGGCUGUCAACGUCAAUCGCAGUGUGUCUGACCAAUUCUAUCGGUACAAAAUGCCCCGUCUGAUUGCUAAGGUUGAGGGCAAAGGGAAUGGUAUAAAGACAGUAAUAGUCAACAUGGUUGAUGUUGCCAAGGCGCUUAAUCGGCCUCCAACGUAUCCCACCAAGUUUUUUGGUUGUGAGCUGGGAGCUCAGACCCAGUUUGAUUCAAAGAAUGACCGUUAUAUUGUGAAUGGAUCUCAUGAGGCGAAUAAGCUGCAAGACAUGCUGGAUGGAUUCAUUCGGAAAUUUGUCCUUUGUAAUGAGUGUGAGAAUCCUGAAACUGACCUGCAUGUCAACCCAAAGAAACAAACUAUCGGUAUUUCUUGUAAAGCCUGUGGAUACCGAGGCAUGCUUGACACACGCCAUAAGCUCUGCACAUUCAUUCUUAAAAAUCCACCUGAAAAUGGAGAUGGUGGUUCAGCCAAGAAAGAAAAGAAAAACAAAAAGGGCAAAGACAAGGAAAAUGGAUCAGUACCUAAUUCGGAAUCAUCCACCCACAAUGAGUUUGAUGCACCGGAGGCAUUGGAUGGUGAAGAUGAUGAUGAUGACUGGUGUGAAGAAACCACGGAGGAAGCCCAGCGGCGUCGAAUGGGUGAAAUCAGUGAGCAUGCCAAAAAUUUGACACUCAGUGAUGAUCUGGGGAAAACUUUAGAAGAAAGAGUGAACUUGUUCUACAACUUUGUCAAGAAAAAGAAGGAGGAGGGCAUUAUUGAUUCUGCUGAUAAAGAUCUUCGAUCAGAAGCUGAAAGAUUGGAUGUAAUAGCUAUGGGCCCUCUCAUACUGAGUGAACUGCUUUUUGAUGAGAACAUAAGAGAUCAGAUCAAGAAAUAUAAACGACACUUUCUACGUUUCUGCCAUGGUAAUAAAAAGGCUCAGAAGUAUUUACUCGGUGGCUUUGAGUGUCUGGUGAAAAUACAUCGGGACCAGUUGCUGCCCAGAGUUCCGCAUGUGUUGAAGCAGCUUUAUGAUGCUGAUCUCUUGGAAGAAGAGGUUAUUCUUGCCUGGGCUGAGAAAGUCUCCAAGAAGUAUGUCCCAAAAGAACUUGCCAAAGAGAUACAUGCAAAGGCUGACCCAUUCAUUAAAUGGCUAAAAGAAGCUGAGGAGGAGUCUGAAGAGGAGGAAGAUGAUGAGAAGGAUGUGGAGGUGGUUUAUGAUAGCUCUGCAAGAGAACUGACAGUGGAAACUGUGAAACCCAUUAAGACAAGAGAGGAAGAAGAUAUAGAUAUUGAUGCUAUUUGAUGUAUUCUUACAGGGGACAAAUUCAACCUAUUAAAUCUUUCAGCGGAGAAGUCAGUAAUGAAGAAAUUCCUGUAUUUCAAUUAUAACUGAAUUCAGACUCUGCUUUUCAGAGUCUACAGUAUGAUUCUAACACUUCACUACCACCUCCACCUACCAGUUAGGAACUUUUAAAGCAUGUCCAAAGUCUAAAUGGUAGAAUGGUCCUACUAUAAAUUUGUCAACUUUUUUCUUGUUGCUAUUGAGUAACGCUUCAGCAGUUACUGUGCACUUCUACAGGGAUGUAAAAUACAAAUUAAAGGGGAUUGUGUUCUGUAUACCAGCACCUGGGUUUUUAUUUGGUGUGUAAAUGUAACAACCAAUUUUCAGAUUUUAACUAUUAAAAUCUGAACUAGCUCACUGUAUAUGGAGGCUAUUGCCUCAACUGCCAAGCUGUCUGUAAGAUUAUAUUGCUAUUGAGUGCUUCAUGACUCAGAUGUCUGCAAUGACUAAAGUAACAAAAUCCAUUAUUACAACAAACUUCCUGUACAUUGUAUUAAUCAUCUUGGAUGAUGGGUGAACUUUAGCAGAGCCUGUGCUCUCUUGCCCACUUAAACAUGGGUUUGUGUACCAACAACAGUGUUAUUCAGACAGCAGUUUGUGUAUUCUAAGCGACAAAUUCUGCUUUUUGUGGAUGCAAUCACUGAUACUGAUGCACGUAUGACAGUAGAAUUAGUGGAAUUUUGAUAGGUGGCUUUUGCAUUUUUUCACAUGGAGUUUAAAUGCAUGUUUUUGGCAGUUUUUUGGCAUGGUAGUUAAUUGAAGUAAUUCAAUCUUUCAAAAAGCAAAUGUUGCAGAUACUGGAGAUUUGAAAUCUUGGAUAGAUUUGAAUUUUGGCCACCGAUUCUUGUUUCAGUAAAGCCUCUUGACCCAGAAUAAGUGGUUUGGUGUUUUUUUGUUUUGAAAUUCCCAUCUAGUCUGUUUUCUUUAGAAAGUCAGGUCUUAUUUUUAGGAUCUAGUUCCUGUAAUGUAGUAAAAGUAGAAGGGUUUGGGGGUGGGG